AAACGAUUUAAUGUCCGAAGAUCCAUCUUAAGCCGCAAAACUCAAAACAAAACUUGAACGUUCAAUUCUAAAAAAACUUGUAACCAAUUAGUCUUUCUCUCUCUUCUCUCUCUCUCUGAUGGCAUUGAUCUUCUCUUCCCUGUUUGCAAGCACCAACCAAUGGGGGAGCCAAGAUCAUCAUCACACACCUCAACAACAUCAUCUCAAUCUUCUCCAACAACAUUACCAUCUCCACCACCACCCCCUCAAAAAAUCUCCCUCAUCCAACCUUCCCAAAAACGAAAACACAGACCCAAAGUCGUUCGUGUCUUCCGCUCUGUUUUUCGUUCUUUACCUAUUAUAACUCCCACUUGUAAAUUCCCAUCAAUCCCAACAGCCACCGCCGAAGGCCACCACCACCACCACCACAGAAACAUCGCCGGUCACAACGGUACAAAAGUCUCCGGCACGCUAUUCGGUCACCGAAAAGGACGCGUUAGUCUCUCCAUUCAAGAGAAUCCAAAGUGUCUACCUUCUUUGGUAAUCGAACUUUCAAUGCAAACCAAUGUUUUACAGAAAGAAAUGGCUGCGGGAAUGGUUAGAAUAGCACUCGAAUGCGAAAAACGCGGAGAAAAAGAUAAGACAUUGUUGACUGAGGAACCGUUAUGGACGAUGUAUUGUAACGGAAAGAAAACAGGGUACGGUGUUAAGAGAGAAGCGUCAGAGGAGGAUUUAAAUAUUAUGGAACUUCUUAAAGCUGUUUCAAUGGGUGCUGGUGUUGUUCCAAUGAAAAAUGAGGCUGAUGAUGUUGAUGGAGAAUUGGCUUUUAUGAGAGCUUCUUUUGAGCACGUAAUUGGCUCUAAGGAUUCUGAGACUUUAUAUAUGUUGAGUCCUGAUGGGAAUAAUAAUAAUGGGCCUGAGCUUACUAUAUUUUUUGUAAGGAUUUAAUUAAGAAUUCAUGUAUAAUCCUUUUUUUCAUGUAGAAAAAGGAUUUGUAUGUUUGAUUACGAGGUUCGGUUCAUUUACAAUUCAGAGGGUGCAUGGUAAGUUAAUUAGAAUUGGAUGAUCCAGAACUAGUAGGUAGUCAUAUUUGAUGUGUACUGGUGCAUAAGUUAAUGUUGUAUUUAUGAUAUGAUCACUUUUUUUUA